GCAUCAGACAAUCGGCCGAAGUCGCCUCUAACAUGACCAGCGUGGAGAGAAUCCUGCAAUACACCAAAUUGGAGGAAGAAGGCCCAUGGGAGCCGCCCCCAGCAGACAGGCCGCCCACUGAUUGGCCGCGGGAAGGUCGCGUCACCUUCAAACACGCCUACUUGCGCUACACUCCCGAUGGGCCUCCCGCCAUCCGGGACCUGGAUGUGGAAAUUCAACCAGCGGAGCAGAUUGGUGUAGUCGGACGCACCGGGGCAGUUGGUGGCCACCUUAUUCCGGAUGGCCCCCAUGGAGGGAGCGGUGGAAAUUGACGGUCUCAACACCGAAAAAGUGGGUCUGAGGGCGCUGCGAUCUGCAAUCUCGAUUAUCCCCCAGGUGCCCACUCUGUUCUCCGCGACUCUCAGAUAUAAUCUGGAUCCUUUCGAAAAACGCGCAGACGACGAGCUCUGGAAGGGGGUAGAGCGUGUAGAGCUCAAACAGAGCGGCGUUGCACUCGACACUGUGGUCAAUGAAAGUGGAGCCAAUUUCAGCGCUGGCCAAAAACAGUUGAUUUGUCUGGCACGAGCGAUAGUUAGGAAAAACAAAAUCCUCGUCAUGGACGAGGCCACCGCCAAUGUGGAUCAACACACCGACUCCCUGAUCCAAACCACCAUCCGGCAGGCCUUCAAGGAUUGCACAGUUAUAACGAUAGCGCAUCGCAUUAACACGAUAAUCGACUGCGAUCGAGUUCUGGUGAUGGAUCAUGGCCAGGCGGUGGAAUUUGGGCCGCCCCACGAGCUUCUGGGGCAGAAAGAUGGACAUUUUGCCCAAAUGGUUGAACAAACCGGGCCGACCAUGUCCUCCAAGCUACGCAAACAGGCCAAAGAGAGCUACAAUCAGAAGAGGCCCGUGGAGAGUCAAAAGAGCGAUUAGCUCACUUAAUUUUUUUGAGGCUUCAUUCGGAACAUUCCCAGACCAUAACACCGACUGCCUAUUUCCUUGAUCUUCAAAUGCACUACUUACGUUUUUUCUGAUUUCUGUUGAAGCCUUAUAAGGAUUACUUAAUAUUUGCGAAUAAAAAGUUUGUUUUUGUAAA